UUAAGGUUUUCCUGGGUCUGAAAAGUCGAGAUAAAACUCGUGGUAUCUACAAGAAUUGCCACGAGCCGUUUGAACAGCGAAGAAAAAAGCUGAUAACAACAGAUAAUAUUUACAUUUGUCUACCAAAACUACUACAUUCUCUCAAUUUAUAUACCGGCUGAUAAGUAAGGUUAGGAAAUUCGGAUACAGUCAACUUUUGUGAAGAUGGUGAUGGAGGAAGAGCAGUCCCACAUGGAGUUGGCAUCUGAAUCUGUUCCAGUGCCGCAAGUUAUAAUAUCGAACGAACACGGAGACAAUGAAAUUGCAACACCAAAAAAGAAACCUCGAUUGAGGAAGAAGGCGUUGCACGCUGCCAUACGAAAGCAAAUGGAAUUUUACUUUGGAGAUGCAAAUUUAAGCAAGGAUCGAUAUCUGGGGAAUCUCAUAAAGCAGGAUCCUUAUGUUGAUCUACAAAUUUUUUUACGUUUCAAUAAAAUCCGUGCCUUGACUACAGACAUAAAUCAAAUAGUGAAAGCGUUACAAAAAUCUGAAAUGCUGUCUGUGUCUGAAGAUGGCUCGAAGGUUUGCAGAAUUACACCUAUCAGUCGUAAAGAUAACGUAGAUGAAUGUUCAAUCUAUGUUCAGAGAUUACCUUUGAAUGCUGAUCAUGAGUGGUUGAGCAAUGUAUUCAGUCAAUACGGCAAAGUUGCUUACGUAUCCAUUCCACGGUAUAAGAGUAACAAAAGAAUCAAGGGCUUUGCUUUUAUUGAAUUUGAUGAGCCAAGCAGCGCUGUGAAAUGCAUUGAAGCGUUUCGUGAAAAAAGUUGCGUAUUGCCAUCCCAAACCUCUCCGGAUACGUUGAUGAGUGUUACAACAUUUCAUGAAGAAGAAAUGAUAGAAAAAGAGAAUGAGAAGCAGUUUGUUGAAGGAAACUUGAAUCCAAAAGAAAAGCAUGAAGACCAGAAUGAGGAGACUGUUGAAAUUAUGAAAGUAGAAUAUGAAGGCGAAGAAGCUAAGCAAGGAAAGAAGCGAGUGCACAAAGAUUCAGAGGUAUCUGAUUCUAAUAGGGAAGAUAAAGAUGAUGACUCUGAGACAAGAGCCGAUAAAAAGCAUAAGAAAUCAAAGCAAAAAAAUAUCGAAGUUGAGAUGAACGAAAGUCAGGCUAUAGGUGUUCUUAAAUCUAGUGAAAAGGACGUCACUGACAGAAAAGAUCACACAGAAGGUGAAAAAAAACCAAAGAAACGGAAGGCUUCUGAAAUUUCCAAGGAAGAUACAGGUGAAUUUUCAAGCAAAGUUAUUGACAAGCAAAUUGAACAGAAUUUUGAGAAGGAUAGAAAAUCGAAAAAACGGAAGCAAAGAAACAUGUCAACAACGAAACAUAACGAAGAUUCUAACUCUGUUGAAGAGGGAAUGGAAAAAGUGGUUGAAAAUGAGGAGCAAGAUGAAUUUUCCAAUGAGGACGAAGUUUUCGAUGACGGUGAUCAGAAGAAGAAAAGAAGACGCAAACGACAUAACAGAGCUGAAAAAGUAGAUACCGCAGAUAUAGGCAUGCAGAUAAUGGCCAAGAAAGAUUGGAAAGUACUAAGAAAUAAAUACUUAGAACUGCAAAGAAAAAAGAUGAAAUCAUUGAAAACACAUUUGAAGCGAGCACGAUGGAAUCAGUGGAGUAAUUACGAGAAAUUUAGAGAGGGUGACAAGUUGAAAGCUACAAAAGAAGAGAGUGCAGACCACCAGAAGGCUGAUAAAUCAACUCAAAGAUUUGUUUUCACCCCUGGUGUCAUAGUGAAAGUUGAGAUGGACGAACCCUGCACGGAUCCGAAAAAUUUUAAGAUGGAAUUGAAACGAAACCCGAACAUAAAGUACAUCGAUGUAGCCGAGGGUGCCUCCGAAGCAUUUCUUAGAUUGGAUACUAACGAAGCUGCAAAUGCGCUGGUAUUGCAGUCAAACGAGGAGAGAUCUAUGAGUAUUUUGCAAGAUAAAGAAGAAACUGAUUAUUGGGUUAAGAUGUCGAAAGAUCGGGAUGAGAAGUUAGGUAAAAAAAUAAGAGUGAAGCAAAGAGGACGGGAUAAAUUACUAAAGAAGGCUGAGAAAGAGUUGGGGAAACACAUCAAAUUCGAUGAGGUAUAAAAUCAUUUUAAUUCGUCAGUUCGAAAUCUCACUUUGAGGGCCAAUAAAAGUUAUGAA